CUCCUGUCCAGACAAUGACUGAACCAAAAGAUGAAAAUUGUUGUAAAGUCACCCGGAAAUGUCGACUGGUCAUUCUGGCGCUUCACACUCUUGUUCAAUGGUGGCGCUAAUGCGUUCUGCUGGCCAAUCGUCAAUAAAAUUUGAAAAGAAGAAGAAGAAAGCCACGAAUCGCGAUUCGGGUGACUACAAAGAAAGCAAGCUUCGAUACAAUGUAUCAUUUGAGCCUCAUCAUACUGGUGGAGGCUCAGCACGCAUGUCUCUCCUGAUUCUACUGUCCAUCUUUACCUGCUCUGCCUCAGUCAUGUAUCUCUUCUACAGGAAUUUUCCAGAGCUCCCUGAUGAUGAAAUGGAAAAAAUCAAGAUCCCUAAAAACAUGGAUGAUGCCAAAGCUUUGGGAAUUGUGCUGUCAAAAUAUAAAGAGACUUACUACACUGAAGUGUUGGUGGCGUACUUCACAACAUAUAUUUUCCUUCAAACAUUUGCAAUUCCUGGAUCAAUCUUUCUAAGCAUCCUGUCAGGGUAUCUUUACCCUUUCCCCUUGGCGCUCUUCUUAGUCUGUUUGUGCUCCGGCCUGGGUGCUUCCUUUUGUUAUAUGUUAUCUUAUUUGGUGGGGAGACCUGUGGUCUACAAGUAUCUCACAGAGAGAGCCCAAAAGUGGUCUCAGCAGGUUGACAAACAUCGAUCUCACUUAAUCAAUUACAUAAUAUUUCUGAGAAUAACCCCUUUUCUUCCCAACUGGUUCAUCAACAUCACCUCGCCUGUCAUCAAUGUGCCUUUGGGGGUCUUCUUCCUCGGGACCUUUCUUGGAGUGGCACCGCCAUCCUUUGUAGCGAUCAACGCGGGCACGACGCUGUAUAAGCUGACCACUGCUGGUGAGGUGGUGUCCUGGAGCUCGCUGGCUGUGCUUGGUGUGCUCGCUGUGCUCUCCAUCUUGCCAGUGUACUUUCAGAAAAGACUACAGCACAAACUGGAGUAGAACAGUGAACACCUCAGCACCUCAUCUGCUGGCUGAGCCCACGCCCCCUUGCCUCCGCUCAAGAACAUGCUACUGUCACUCAGCCUCACAUACAGGAGUGUUUGUGCUGCUGGUGCCCAAAUGUUUGACUGCUGGCACAGUGAGCGUGCGCUGACCACAAGAUGCAUGCAGUGGUGGGUUCUCAGCUGUAACCUGACUGCUGCUUGCUUUUGUCUUUUCUUUAUUUUGUGAAUAGUCAGCAUUGCCCUAUCCUGUAAAUAAGGGUUUUUUUUUUUAAGGCACUGUUAAUCAUUGUGCAUUUUUGCCAGACAGUAAAAGGUGCUCCAUUUUGAAGUACUUUAGAUCAAC